AACUCAAACUCUCAGUCUCAGGUUCUUCAUCGUAUCUCUCCUUUUAUCUCUCAAACUCUUCCAAAAUCAGUAAAAGCUCUAACCUUUUAAGCAUUGGGUACUCUCAAUUUUUCGAAUUUUAUGUUUCGCUCUAUAUCUGUAUGUUGUGUUGUGUUGCUUCUGUUUUUCUUUCUGGAUACUAUGUUGUUUGUUCGUUGUUGUGUUUAGCUGUAUUUUCAUAUAACAUAACAUGCUUGCUGGAACACCACAUAACAUAAAAGUUUAAGCCCAUGAGGUCAAGUUCCUAGCAUUUUUCUUUUUAAUCAUCAAAAGUUACGAAUAUAAAAUAUAUAGUCAGUUGAAUACAUGUGUGUAUACUUGCUUUUCUUCAACCGUUUUAACAACUGUCAAUACAUGUUUACGAACUUGUUAGGUUCAAAGUUUGAUCACAAUUAAAGUGGACAAUGGAAGGGUUAAGGACCCUGUUUUUAGGUGUUGUUGUUGGGCUCUUUCUGCUUGGAAACUCGUUUUCUUAUGGAGAAAGGACAAUAUGUGCCACAUAUUAUCAAAAGGGUGGUGUUCCUGCUGUUCUUCAAAAUCCAGAGUGUUCUAGCUGGGUUCUUUCCAAUAAUUUCUACCGAAACCACACAGUCAACUGUUUGUUGGCUGGAUUCACCAAUUUCGAAGAUGGCGAGAAGCAUUUCAAAGAAAGAUUUUUUUGUGAUCUUGAUUUGCAGAUUCCAUUUCUAGGUGAAAAUGGGUCUAUUGAAGAUGUUAAAGUUGGUAUGGUCGCAGUAUUUGACCAUAAUGGUGUGGAGGACUCCGCUAAGAUGGCUACAAAUCUUCUUAAAAAUUAUUUUUUAGUUCACACAUACUUUCUUCGUGAUGAGACGUAUGCAUUUAACAAAUUGAUGGGACCGUUAUCUUACAAGGAGGACCAUGAUAUGGUAUUUCCAGAGCUAAACCAAGUUAAUGAAGUAGACCAACUUAUUAGAAGGUAAUCGUUCUUCCCUAGGUUAUAAAUUUUAAUGGAGAAGAGCUCAAUGGAAAGAUCUAUAUUGGAC